UAUCCAAAGUAAAGGAUCUUUACGAUAGCUCUACUUUAAAGAAAGAGAAUUCUUUAGAGGAUAUAUAUGCCACAACUCCGCGUAAUACACCUGUGAAGCAGCACAAGCUGCAGAGUCAAAGUGUGCACGACCCAAAUCACGUGUAUGAUGUGCCACCACAAGUCACAAAGGACACAGAAACAACACCAAAUGUGACUAGGUUGUCCAGAAAUUCUGCGGAAUGUUUGGACACGCAAUUUGCACGUUUGUCAACAGGUAGUGACGAUUCCAAGGGAUCGGGUUUGGACAUUGGUUCAGUGACUUACGAAGAGCUACCAUUGGAUUUAGACGCUGCUAUGGAAUUGCUGCUCAGGCUGCAGCAGGACGUGCAUAAGGCCACAACCAGGCUGCUGAGCUUUGUGAGCAGCACGUGGAGAACCAAAGAAAAACUGGAGCCUAGGAUUUACGAUGUCAAACUAGCCUGUAUGGGAGUAAAAACAUCAUUACAGGAGUUUUUAGAUUUUGCCCAAGGGGCUCUAGCAAACUCUGCCAAAGUUAGCGACAAAACUCUUGCCAAAAAGCUCCAUACUCAAUUAACUCCCCUCCAGGGGGCGAUGGUGAGUAUAAGCGCAGCCAUGAAGAAUCUAGACACCUUACAGUGGCAGGUGGCCAAACUGGUCAGUACAGAGGAGGCAUCAGGGGACAGUCUGGGUCAGAUUGUGUCCUCAUCUAAAGAGCUGUCCAGUGACGUGAGAAAACUUGGCUCCUUCAUCCAAGGUAAUUCUACAUUGCUGUUCAAACGUCUCGGUGGAGAACAGGGGGUGAUGGAGCCUGCCGAGAGAGACGAUAGCGGGAAGUUCAAGCAGGUGGGACGCCCCCUCCCACCUGUCCCAUUCACCGGAUCGAAAGACAAGAGUCCUCUUUCACCGCCUGGAAAGUCACCAGGGCCGAAACCCCCAUUGAAACCCAAGCCUAAGGUUGCUGGGAAACCAGACAUGCAGGGGCGUCCUUUGCCACCUCCUCCCCCUCCAUCCUCGACUCCGCCUCAGCGCCCACGUUCCCAGCAAGACCAGUUGCCAUUGAAGGCAGUGGCAGGGUUAAAGGUGCACAAGUUGCCCAGCCAAGGGAGCAUGGAUGAGAGUGGAAAGUUUUUGGAGGACUACGAUUAUGUUCAUCUUGAAUCUGCUGAAGUGCGUGAGCAACGGCAGCAGCAAGAGCAAUUCCUGGAGGAGCUGGCGGAAGAGAAGAAAAGAGACUUUACGCCCAAACAGAAGGCACAAAUACAGCUGCUGGAAAAAGAGGUACAGAGAGAAAUUGACACUGAUAUCACCAAGUUUAAAGAGGAGAGAUCGACCAGUCAGUUUGAGACACGGCUGGAUCCUAAUGACAAACAGUUAUUGUUGUUUUAUGCUGAACAGGUCAUGUCCCAUUCCAGUCUCCUCACCAAUGCCAUUGACGCUUUUCUCGGAGGCAUUGAAUACAACCAGCCCCCAAAAGUCUUCAUAGCACACAGUAAAUUUGUCGUUCUAGGGGCACAUAAACUGGUCUACAUUGGAGACACGUUACACCGCAAUGUGAUGAGCACGGACAUUCGUAACAAGAUCAUGCACUGUGCCAAUUACUUGUGUGACUGUCUGAAGGCAACUGUCACAGCAACCAAGACUGCGGCGCUUCAGUACCCGUCACUGACCGCUGUCCAAGAAAUGGUUGACCGUGUUGUGGAUGUGUCACACGCGGCGCAUGAACUGAAGCUGGUGAUCACCCAGGCAGCUGCGCUAUGAAUAGAUUAAAAAAAAGACUACUCCGUUGAAAAGCCCAGGUGGCUUUAUGUUACAAGUCAAAUAUGGUUGUGUUUUGUAUAUUAAAUGUAAACUGUUUUGUUUGUUUUUUUUGUCACUGAUCAGGGAUCAGUUGUUGAUAUAAAGCUUUUGAUUAGCUUAAUGUAUGUCAUUCA